GGGAGCGGCCGGCAGCCUCGGCCCCUUCCCAGAGCGACUUUCAAACUCGCGCCCGCGUUGCGGCGGCACCUGGGCGGCUUCGCGCGCCGUGCGUUCCGGACCGGGCGGGACGGCCACUGCACGAACCUUCCCGGAGCGCCCCUGCCAGGCAGCGAUGCCAGGAUGCCUGUCUCUGCCUCCCUCCACCAAGACCAGGAGCGGCCAGUGAGCCUGACCUCCACCACCUCCUCGUCGGGCUCCUCCCGUGACAGCCACGGGGCCAUGGAAGAGCCCAGCGGCUCCGAGGCUUCCGCCGAGAAUGAGGGGGGCUCCCCACGUAGCCGGUGUCCCCCCAACGGCAACACCUCUAGUGGCUGGCGGAGCAUGAGGGGGUCCCUGUCCCCCUUCAGCAGCCGGGCGUCGGUGCACAAGCUCAGCUACCUGGGCCGAGUGGUGCGGGAAAUUGUGGAGACGGAGCGCACAUACGUGCAGGACCUGCGCAGCAUCGUGGAGGACUACCUCUUGAAGAUCAUUGAUACACCCGGGCUCCUGAACCCGGAGCAAGUCAGUGCCCUCUUUGGAAACAUAGAAAACAUCUACGCACUGAACAGCCAGCUCCUCAGAGACUUGGACAGCUGCAAUAGUGACCCUGUGGCUGUGGCCAGCUGCUUUGUGGAAAGGAGCCAAGAGUUUGAUAUCUACACCCAGUACUGCAACAACUACCCUAACUCCGUGGCCGCCCUGACCGAGUGCAUGCAGGACAAGCAGCAGGCCAAGUUCUUUCGGGACCGUCAGGAGCUGCUGCAGCACUCGCUGCCCCUGGGCUCCUACCUCCUGAAGCCGGUCCAGCGCAUCCUCAAGUACCACCUGCUACUCCAGGAGAUCGCCAAACAUUUUGACGAGGAAGAGGAUGGCUUCGAGGUGGUGGAGGAUGCCAUUGACACCAUGACCUGCGUGGCCUGGUACAUCAACGACAUGAAGAGGAGGCAUGAGCAUGCUGUCCGGCUCCAGGAGAUUCAGUCUCUGCUCAUCAACUGGAAGGGGCCGGACCUGACCACCUAUGGGGAGCUCGUCCUGGAGGGCACGUUCCGCGUGCACCGUGUGCGCAGUGAGAAGACCUUCUUCCUCUUUGACAAAGCGCUGCUCAUCACCAAGAAACGGGGCGACCACUUUGUCUACAAGGGUCACAUCCCGUGCUCCUCCCUGAUGCUGAUCGAAAGCACCAGAGAAUCCCUGUGCUUCACCGUCACCCACUACAAGCACAGCAAGCAGCAGUACAACAUCCAGGCCAGAACAGUGGAGGAGAAACGGAGCUGGACUCACCACAUCAAGAGGCUCAUCCUGGAGAAUCACCAUACCACCAUCCCCCAGAAGGCCAAAGAAGCCAUCUUGGAAAUGGAUUCCUAUUACCCCAAUCGGUACCGGCACAGCCCAGAGCGCCUGAAGAAGGCCUCCCAGGACGAAGCGUCCGCCCAUGUGAACCAGGGGCGCCGGCAGUCUGAGCCUGGUCAGCUCCCGUACAGCCGGGCAACACUGCCCAUCCGGCAGCGAGGCUUCGAGGCGCCAGGCCCUAAGGGCCGUAGGAAGUCGGAGCCGUCCAGACACCUGCCCAGGCAACUCAGCGAGAAAGCCAGAGCAGGAAUGAAGCAUGAGGGCCUUGCUGGCUCACUUCUGGACUUCGGGCAGCACCCCUGCAUGCAGGGCCUGCAGUCGGAGGCUGAAGGGGCUGCCGGGCAGGAGCAGGAGGAGGAAGAGGUGGUGGAGGAGGAGGAGGAGGAAGAGCAGGCCUUUCAGGUCUCUCUGGAGGACCUGGAAGGGCAUGAAGGCAGCGAGAAGGGGGCCGGGCCAGAGCCCCCAGGCUCGGAGGAGGAGGAGGAGGAGGAGGAGGAGGAGAGCCUGGCAGUGGCGGAGCAGGUAGCCGACUUUGCCAGCUCCCUGCUGGCCGCCCUCCACUGCUGGCACUAUCGGGCCAACGCUUUCCUUUUCUCCCGGGGCGCUAUGGGGAAGGGGCGCAGGGAGUCUGAAGGCCCCAAGAGCUGCAGAAGGCCCCGCAGCCGGUCUCCACCCACCUCUGAGAAGUGCAUGAGCUUUGAGUCAGUCUCUUCCCUGCCGGAGGUUGAGCCAGACCCUGAGUCUGGGACGGAGCAGGAGGUGUUUGCUGCCGUGGAAGGUCCCAGCACCGAGGACACAGACACAGAGGCUCCAGAAGUCCUGGAAAUGGAGCUUGAUGCCCACCAGCUGCUGCUGGGGCUGGACCCUCCAGGUGACAUGGUGGACUUCAUGGUGACUGAGAGCACAGAGGACCCUAAGGCCCUGAGCAGUGAAGAUGAGGAAGAGGAGAUAGAGGCUUCCCACGAGCCUGAGAGCCUCCUACCGCCCUCCGUGCUGGACCAGGCCAGCGUCAUUGCCGAGCGGUUUGUCAGCAGUUUUUCUCGGCGGAGCAGCCUGGCACAGGAGGACGGCAGGUCCAGUGGAUUCGGGACCCCGAGGCUGACCAGCCGGAGCAACAGUGUGCUCAGCCUAGCGGACAGCGAGAAAGGCCCGGCCCCGCAUGGCAGCACCACAGACCCUGGCUCUCAGCUCCCUGCAGAAGUGGACACCAGUGUGGGGGUGGCUGCAGAGAGUGAACCUUCUGCCAAUGGGGCAGAGUCCCCAAGCCCAGUCUACCCAGUGGAGCCAGACAGGUCUUCCUGUAAGAAGGAAUCGAAGCUUUCUUCCCGAGACCGGCUAUUGCUAGACAAAAUCAAGAGCUACUACGAAAACGCAGAGCACCAGGACGCAGGCUUUAGCGUCAGGCGCCGGGAGAGCCUCUCUUUCAUCCCUAAAGGGCUGGUGAGAAACUCAGUCUCCAGGAUUAACAGCCUUCCCAGGCCAGACCCAGUGCCCGUGGCUCCGCUGGGGCAUAAGAGACAAGGGAGCUCCCGGGCAGCCUCGUGGGCUCUCUUUGACCUCCCAGGACCAGGCCAGGCGGGUACUGGAGACUCAGCUCCCAUCACAGAUGCUGAGUUCCGCCCGUCUUCGGAAAUUGUGAAGAUCUGGGAGGGAAUGGAGUCUCCUAAGGGGAGCCCUCCGAAGGGGCCAGUCCAAGGCCAGGCCAAUGGCUUUGACCUGCACGAGCCCCUCUUCAUCCUAGAGGAACAUGAGCUGGGGGCCAUCACUGAGGAGUCGGCUGCUGCCUCGCCAGACAGCGCCUCCCCCACCGAGCACCCCAGCCCGGCCCACCUGGCCCGGGAGCUGAAGGAGCUAGUGAAGGAGCUGAGCAGCAGUGCCCAGGGGGAGCUCGUGACCCCACUGCACCCCCGCAUCUUGCAGCUUUCCCAUGUGAUGGACGGCCCUGUAAGUGAGCGCGUCAAGAACAAGGUCUACCAGCUGGCCCGCCAGUACAGCCUCCGGAUCAAGAGCAAGUCAGUGGCAGCCAGGCCAUUGCUGCAGUGGGAAAAGGUGGCUCCCACCAUCCCCCACCUGCAGGAGGAGGCUGAAGCACCAGCAACUGGCCAAGGUAGGAGGAAGCCAGUGCUGUCUCUCUUCAACCAUGAGCAGCCCACGGCCCUGGAGCACAGCCCGCCCAAGUCCGAAUCUGCCCGGGAGACGUCACCACGACGUUUCUCCUUCAGCCCCUCAGCUGCUAGCCCGAAGACCACCACGCCUGGGUCCUGGCCCUCCCCCCGAAGCCCCUUUGACAUGGAGACCUUCAAUUGGCCCGACGUGCGGGAGCUCUGCUCCAAGUACACCUCCCAUGAUGAGGCGCUCCAGGCCAAGAGCGGCCGGCCCCGCAGCCUCCAGGGCUCCCGGCUCACCUGA